AUGGAAGCGCUGCUCAAGUUGCUGACCAAUUUCUUCACCUGCGUUUCGAGUUCCGUGAGAUCAGUUCUCGCUUCAGUAGCAGAAGAAACAACUCUCGGCCUAAAAGAUGAUCUCCGCCAUAUUUGGUUUCGUGCUCUGUUUCCAAAUCGAGGUUUUGAUGUGGCUGGAUUUUUUCAAGUACCUGAUUCUGAUAGGCUAGGUUCUUUCUUAGGCUGGAUUUAUUCAGGCUGGAUUUGUUCAAAUAUAAGAACUAGCAACAUUCUACUUGAUAGAGAAUUGCAGCAAAAAAUAGCAAAUUUUGGGCUUAUAAGAUUGCUACCAGAAGAUACGACUCAUCUUAGCACAAAAUUCUCAGGGACUUUGACUAUAGCUGUUCACUUCACCAACCCAUUCCAUGUCAGCACACGUGUAGCAGAUAAAUGCAGUGAUGGCACCUUGCUUUUGCAGGUGAUACUCUACUCACGAGUGAAGGCUAACUUAACCAUACACGAUUCUUGGCUGGACCUAAAAGACGGUUUUACCCUUGCUGGUGAAAGUCAAAGUAAUGGAAGACCAACAUCCGCCUUCUUUCCACUUGUAGUUCCUUCUACAUCAAGAGCCGGAAUCUUGUUCACUAUAUCCCUACCCACAAAUGAUGAAGCGAAAGAUAUGAAUCCUGAUAGUCAUACGAUAUUAAAUAUAAAAUAUAAAAUAUCUGGGGAUAGAAAUCAUGGAUCGCAUACUCCUAUGUUUGAGGAUGAGUCUUCACAGAUGUUGACUUUUAAGAGUGCUCUUGUUUUACAAAGACCAGUGUUGGAACCUUGUUUGGCAGUUGGUUUUCUUCCCCUUCCUCCAGAAGGCCUUAGAGUCGGCCAGCUUUUUACUAUGAAGUGGCGAGUUGAAAGGUUGAAGUAUCUCGAGGACGAACAAUACGAUGAGGUAGUAUAUGAAAUAAACGCAAAUUCUGAAAACUGGAUGAUUGCUGGGAGGAAGCGAGGCCAUGCACCUCUCUCCACAAAGCAAGGUUCACGAAUAGAGAUUUCAAUCCUAUGCGUGCCAUUGGUUGCUGGGUACAUGCGGCCCCCACAACUGGAGUUACCGGACAUUGGUGAGGGUAAUAUUAGUUGCAACCCAGCUGGGCCCCACUUGGUCUGUGUUUCCCCUCCACCUCUCAGCUCCUCCUUCUGUAUUCCCAUUCCCAUUCCUGCCUAGAGAUGAAAUCGUGACUUUUGUAGGUGCUUUGGU